AUGCCGGCUACUGAGGCCGCCAGCACCGUUCAUUCCCCACCGGUCUCUCAUUCGAUUCCUCCACCAAUGAACCUGGUUCUUCACGGUUUUAGCUCCGUUCCCGGGCUGGUCGCCGGCAACGGCCAUGACUGCCAUUUUCCCAUUCACGCCACCCCUGCUUGCCCUCUGGCAGAUUAUAGAUGCCUGCAUGGGCGGCCUUCUUACACGUGCUCCUGUCUGAAUUUCUGCCAGACUGAACUCUCCACCCAGCUCUUUCGCCAUAUUCGUUCAUCUUCUGCUGGCGGCGCUGCCGAUUCUAUCCCAUGCCGCGCUCACCUAUCGCGGGGCGGACAUUUCUUCUCUUUUGAGCUAGAAGAUGAAGGUUAUAGCUACAAGAACCUUAAAGGUCAAUCCCAAGCACUCGAGACUAUCCUCGCUGAAGCCGGCAUCAAUUCCGUUCGCCAGCGUGUGUGGGGUCAAUUCCAGUCAUGGCAUUUACAAUUUGGAUUACAACUUGGAGCUGGCAAGCGGGUCAAGGCGGCUGGUAUGAGUAUCUAUCUGGACCUUCAUCUGAAUAACAACAUUGAUAUUGAGAUCAUCUCAAUCGGUAAUGAGAUCCGCGCCGGUCUUCUCUGGCCUCUUGGUGAGACGAGCAGCUACUCAAACAUCGGUGCACUGCUGUACUCGGGCGCUUGGGGAGUCAAGGACUCCAAUUUAGCAACACUACCCAAGAUUAUAAUCCAUCUGGAUGACGGCUGGAGCUGGGAUCAGCAGAGUUACUUUUAUAAGACGGUUCUGUCUACGGGCGAGCUACUGAACACAGACUUCGACUACUUCGGCGUUUUAUACUACCUGUUCUACAGCGCAUCAGUAAAUAUAGCAUCUCUGAAGACCAGCCUGGCGAAUCUGCAGUCGAUCUACAACAAGCCUGUAGUAGUGGUGGAGAUGAACUGGCCAGUUCCGUGCCCAAAUCCUGAGUACUCUUGUUUCUCAGAUCCGAGAUUGAUUUCUUUCUCGGUCGCGGGCCAGCAGCAGUUCCUCGAGAAACUGGCAGCUGUGGUCGAGGCCACUACCGAUGGUCAGGGGGUGUACUACUGGGAGCCGGCCUGGAUCACCAAUGCUGGGGUGGGGUCGAGCUGCGAUGAAAACCUUAUGGUGGAUAGGUCCACGGAUGAGGUUUAUGCGAGCUUUGAUAUUCUCGGGAAGCUUUGA